UCCAAGGAGUAAACGCGCCACAGAGGAAAGAAAAGACAUCACCAAAGCGCUCAGGUUUAACCCUUACCUCUCCGCACCAGCGCUCAUCAUGAACUACCUUCGCCGCCGUUUGUCCGACAGCAGCUUCGUGGCUAACCUCCCGAACGGCUACAUGAUGGACCUCCAGAGACCCACUCCGCCGGGCUCCUCCACCUCCUCCCCCGCCUCCCCCGCCACAGAGAGACGCAACCCGCCCGGCUCCAUCGGCACGCCGCCCCCGCAGGCGCCCUCGCCAAACCCGGGCAGUUUCCUCAGCUCUUUCUCUAGCGUGGUAAAGAGCGCGCAGAUGGCUCAAAAUGGUCUACGGGAGGCGCAGCCCGCCAAACCCGUCAUACGCAAACCCAAAAUCCUCCUGGUCAUCGACGAUCAGCACACAGAAUGGGCCAAAUAUUUCAGAGGGAAAAAGCUGAACGGAGACUACGAGAUCCGCGUGGAGCAGGCGGAGUUCUCGGAGAUUAACCUGGCGGCCUACGUGACGUCAGGCUGCAGCGUGGACAUGCAGGUGACGAGAGGAGGCACGAAAGUGGUCAGCAGGUCGUUUAAACCAGACUUUGUCCUGAUUCGCCAACACGCCUACAGCAUGAUCCCAGGAGAGGACUUCAGGAACCUGGUGAUCGGUCUGCACUUCGGAGGCGUCGCGAGCAUCAACUCCCUCUACUCCAUCUACAACUUCUGCAGCAAACCCUGGGUGUUUUCUCAGAUGAUAAAACUGUACCACGCUCUGGGCCCGGAGAAGUUCCCGUUAAAUGAGCAGACCUUCUUCCCCAGCCACACACAGAUGGUCCCGGGCGGCUCGUACCCCGUCGUGGUCAAGAUGGGACACGCACACGCUGGAAUGGGCAAAAUCAAAGUGGAGAACCAGCAGGACUUCCAAGACAUCACCAGCGUCGUGGCUUUGGCCGGGACGUACGCCACCUCCGAGCCUUUUGUCCAGUCCAAGUACGACAUCCGCAUUCAGAAGAUCGGGAACAACUACAAGGCGUACAUGAGAACUUCCAUCUCCGGGAACUGGAAAGCCAACACGGGGUCGGCCAUGUUGGAGCAGAUCGCCAUGACUGACAGAUAUCGCCAGUGGGUGGACUCUUGCGCGGAGAUGUUUGGAGGUCUGGACAUCUGCGCCGUGAAGGCCGUCCACGGAAAAGACGGGAACGACUACAUCAUCGAGGUGAUGGACAGCUCGAUGCCUCUGAUCGGCGAACACGUGGAGGAAGACAGACAGCUCAUCACUGAACUCGUCCUCCACAAGAUGGCGCUGACGCUUCUGGGAGUGUCGCUGCCUCAGCCGUCCUCCGUCAAGACGACGCAGCCACGACGAGGAGGACACCGGUCUGCCUCCGCCUCCCCGUCUCAGUCCGCUCAGGGCUCUCCGCAGAGGGCCCGCUCCGCCAACACUUCCCCCAGCCAGGCCUUCCAACCUGGGCCCAUCCCGGCAGUGACAGGCCCUGGAGCGCAGAAGCCGUCUCCACACCUCAAUAAGUCCCAAUCUUUGACAAACACGCUGUCGGACACUCUGAAGGGAAACCCGACGGACGACGAGGCCAAAGCCGAGACCAUCCGCAGCCUGCGCCAGUCCUUCGCCAGCCUGUUCUCCGACUGA